AUGUACCUCAAUGAAAUUGGGGAGUUGUUUGCCAUCAAGAGCAAGGAGCACUGGCGUUCGGAGAUCAACAUUGAUGUGCAAGCCCUGGAGAUUGUAGACGGCGGACCGCCUACAGACCUCCUAAGCCAGGACGGUUUUCCGACCUGCGUGUCCAGUGUUCACUGA